GUCACCAAAAAAAUAAUUUCUAACAUAAUUUUAUUGCUACUGAAUCUUCUUAUCUAGAGCGGAAAUGAAUCACAGCUUGAUUUGACUUCUUAAACUGGUCGUUAAUUAAUGCCAGGGUCCACAUGCGUGAUUUAUGACAACUUAUCGAUGGGUGUGUAAAUAUUGACACUUUUGUGUGUUUUUAAUGUCUCUUUGGAAGCUUAAAUUAUGGAAAAUACAUAUACAUGUUGAUUGGAAUAGUACUAAUUUUUAUUGGUUUAAAAUUAUACAAUACAGAUUAAGAUCGAUUACCAGGUGAAACUCCUGAUCUGUGUACCUUUACAGAAUAGGUACAAAUUAUAUGUUUAAUGUUGGUAUACAUCUAUAUUUUAAUAGUACUUUGUUUCUCUUCAUUCCAAAAUACAGUACUCACAAUACCAUUUUAUUUAGAAUUUAUGUUUUUUCUCUCUUCAAAACCGUCUUUUUGUGAAUUUAUUCAUCAAUAAAUCAAAUAAUUUAUUAUUCUAUAAUACCAUACACGUUUGUUUUUUAAAUGGAAUGUCCUUAUGAUUUCCCUCCCUCUUAUUUUACAUGGGAAAUCGACAAUUGCCCCCCCCCCUUUCCACCAGUGAAAUUUUACAAAAAAGUAAGUCUGGAAGCAAGGUCAAACAAAUAUAGAAGUGAUGGUAGAAAAUAUUGAUUGAUUGUAUGUUGUUUGACGUCCAGUGGCAAAUAUUUGAUGCAUGUUGAGGACAAAUAUAAUAAAGAUCUAUUGGCAGAAAGAAAGUAUAAAGUGAAAUAAAUAAAAACAAUAAAAGAUCUAGAAAUAUAAAGAUAUAGAAACGAUGAUCUGAUCUGAUCCUUCUAAAAACAACCAAAAAACAAAACACUCACACGCAUAUACCGUAUAUACAUCUCUAAAAAAUCUAAAAUUUUGGUUUCAUGGUGCCCCAUCCAGACAUCAAGGUUCUGGAUCCGCCCCUGUAAUCUAUCAUUUGAAUUAUUUAUUUUGUGCUUGAAAAUAAAAACAGAAAUAGUAAAAAUUAAAUCUCCUAUAGUCCUAUAGGAGAGUUGAUAAUUUUCAAAUUUAUACAUCGAAUUUUAAUAUUUAUAAUGAGUUCUUAUAAUAUUUGCUCAUUGAAAUCAUUGAAUUGGUAAUAAAAUAGUUUCUAAAUUUUAAUUAACAAUCAUUUCAGUAAAUAUUUAGACUUUGGUCAAUCGAAUUAUUGGAAGAUAUAUUUUUAUUGGUAUCCUUUUUUCUGAGAAAAUUUCAUUUUUUUGGUGUAAACAGAAUUUCUCUCCUCAUAAAGCCUUCAGUUAGUAACAGUAACUUACUGUGUACUUUGUGUUACAAAACAGGAUGGACUGCCAUAUGAUUGGUUGAAUGCAGUGGUCAGGUGGUCAAAUCUUAAUUAACAAUCCUUGAAUUUAAAUUAUUUUUUGUUUCUUUUCAGUUAAAUGCUUUUGUCACAUUUUUUUUUUAAUAUCAUAUAUUUAAUUUUGGUUGGGAAGAUUAAUUAAUCUUUUUGGGUUUUGAGAAAAUUACGUAUUUUUAUCAAUUUUAUAGGGUGGUGGAGGGUUAGAAAAUUAUUUUUUAGUUGGGAUGAACAGUCAAUAAAUUGGUUUAAAAAAAGUAAAAACUUAAUGAUAAAUAAGUGGUUACCAUGGUUACAUUUAAGGAUUGUUUCAUAUUUAAUUUUAAGAUUGUAUUUUUUCGUUGACUAAUUUUCACCAUUGGUUUCAAUUUUUGUUUUCAGCCCACAUAUAGAGAAUAUAAAGAGAAAAACUAUCAGCAUGGCAAUCAACGCAAGAGUAGUAACAGAAAUUCAGGGGAACGGCCUACCUCCAGUUGCUCCACGUGUGAGGAAAUACGUGGACAACCAGAUGAACAGGCGUCUCCGACGAGUUGGUAUGCCAUACGGCUAUGUGGCUCCACGACUAGAGGCACCACGAUGCUCUCGUCGUCUUUUAGGGUUGGAGCCAGAACCAGUACUUGUUCCAGUUGCGUCUCCUGAGCUGCCAAGAAAUGAUCAACCUGAACAUUUCGAAGCAGUUAUUGUACCUCAGGCACGAUUAUUCUCUGUCAUGGUUCCUGAAGCAGCUAUUCAAAUUGCUGAUGACGAGGAUGAUAUAGUCGAGGUUGAGAUAGCUGGCGAGGAGCUCUCGGUUCUGGAGUCAACUCUGGAGGAGGAAGAGGUCAUUGAGCUGUCUGUGCUGUGUGGUAUAGACACAACGGUGGAGGACCCAGCCGACUGGUUCCUGGAGGAGACUGUGUCUUUCCUGCCAACAGAGGAGGAGACUGUUGUGUUCGAGGAGGUAGUGGACGAGGAUGCAACAACCUACCACGCUGAAGAGACUGUCUGGUAUGGUCCUGAAGAUGUUGAGGUUCCAGCCACUCCAGUCACACCGUAUGUUGUUAUAGGUAAUGAUGUAGGUGUUCCUUUGGACUGGGAGGUGAUCCCUGCUCCAGUGGUUGAUGUUGCUCCUGUCCCUGAGGCAGCUGGGAGGUUUGUUGGGUGGAGACAGGUGGCUAGAGUGCUAGGCUGCCUUGUUACUUCAUACCAAACUGUCUCAGCUGUCUAAUUUUUUUGUUAAUUUUUGGUAAAUACAUAUACAUUUUGUAUAUUUUCUUUAAAAAAGUAAAAUUGGAAAUGUUUAAAUUUUUGCUUUAGUUUGAAAAAAAAGAUUGGAAAAGUAUAAAUUUUUGUUUUAGUUUAAAAAAAAAUGUUUAGAAAAGUUAAUUUUUGAAACUUGAUUUUUUUUGUUUUCAUGUAUGGUCAUUCAGUUUAUUUUUGAAAGAUUUUCAUUCUUUGCUAAAUAACACAAUUUCUUCAAACUUCAAAAUAUUUUUUUUAUAAUUUUGGCUAUUUUUAAAUCAUUAAAGUUUUAUGAAAUUAUUUUGUUGUAAUUUAAAUGAAAGUUUUUAAUGUUUAAUUUACAGAACUUGGAAAUUUAUAAAGAGUGUGUGUCUGUCUUUUUGUAACCACUGUUCUUUUUAUCCAACACAUGUGAAACUGUCAAAAUGGAUCACCACAAUUAUCAGUCAGGUCAAGGUCAAUCAGUAUAGAUAUCCAAUCAUUUCAGGUCAACAUUUUCAUUGACAUUUGGUCAUAGGUUAGAGGUUUAGAAGUUUAGGUCAACAUUGCCAAGAAUAGAAUGGUCAUAUACUCCUUUAUAGGGUAGAGGUCUACUAGAGUUAAGAUCAAACUAUUUGUAAGAAUGGUUAUUUGCAAGGUCAAAGAUAUGCACUGCAGGUCAAGGUCAAUGUUUACUUCUACAGAAUGAUUAUAUCUGUUAGCAGGAUCACAGAUAUGAUUAAUUGCUUAAAAGCAACAAGCACAUGUAAGUAGCAUAUUCCUGCUAAACAGCUUUACAAAUAUGUGUACCUAUUUUCACAAAUAAGAACAAAAAUAGCUCCCUUCCCCAAGGGUUGACUCAGGGGUAUAGAAAUAUUUUAAAGUUGCAUCUAAUACCUGAGUAACUUUUAACCCAAAGUGUGACAGACAAACAAACGAAUGGACCAACAAACAGACGAACGGGUUAGACCAGAAAACAUAAUGCCCAUGUAUAAGGCAUAAAAAUCCAGCAUAACAGUGCAACAUUUCAUUUCGCUUUUGAAAUUUUGAUGAAAAAUGCAAAAUAUUUCCUUUGACUCAGUUAAAACAUUUAAAUUGUCACCACCCUUUAGAAAGAAAAUGAACAUUAAAGUCCCCUACAUAAAUUUCAUAGUUUAAAUAAAGGGAAUUUUUUUUCAGCAAUUUUCACUUCUGGUUGAAAGGAUAAAAUUACCACUUCUGGUGAUCAUUUAUAAAAAGUAACAGAUCAGAAGUAAAACAAAAAAUAAAAAUAUCACUUAUUUCCUAUUAAACAUCCUUAAAAUUUUGCAUUUGUUCAUUUUGACCUUGACCACUCUUUUAAUAUUUAAUAAAAUAUUAAAUAAGGUUUCUGUAUCUUAAUUUGGCAGCUUCUGAUAAAUUAAAGAAUAUAUUUGGUAUACAUCAAUGAGGGGUACUUAACAAACAACAAAAACAAGGCAUCCUUAGGUCAACAUAGUCUUCAACAAAGAUCGGCAUCUUUACAAUAUGUUUAGUGUUUAUAGUU